GCGAGGGGUCAAUCCGCGCCGGGCGUGGGGUUGGCUGUGAGGCCGUCGGAGGUGGUUGGGUGGGAGGAGAUCCGCUCACACACACGAGGAGGAGGGUUGAGCCGCCGCCGCCGCCUCUGUCGUCGUCGCGAGUGUGGAGUCGGGACUGGAGCUGCUGCCGCGGCGACGCCGGGAUCUUUGUCGCUAGCUCCCUGCCCUUCUGCCCCGCCGCCUUCCCUCGGUCAGCGUUGCCCACUCCUCCCCGGCCGGGCGCCCCUGCCUCCAUUUCCCGCUCUCUGUCCACCACACACACGGCCCCCCCGAUCAUGGAUCCGGGCAGUGGCGGCGGCGGCGGCGGCGGGAGCAGCAGCGGCGGCAGCAGCAGCGACUCGGCGCCUGACUGCUGGGACCAGGCGGACAUGGAAGCCCCCGGGCCGGGCCCGUGCGGCGGCGGCGGCUCCCUGGCGGCGGCGGCCGAGGCCCAGCGGGAGAACCUCAGCGCGGCCUUCAGCCGGCAACUCAACGUCAACGCCAAGCCCUUCGUGCCCAACGUCCACGCCGCCGAGUUCGUGCCGUCCUUCCUGCGGGGCCCGGCAGCGCCGCCACCCCCAGCUGGCGGCGCCGCCAAUAACCACGGAGCCGGCAGCGGCGCGGGAGGUCCUGCGGCACCUGUGGAAUCCUCUCAAGAGGAACAGUCAUUGUGUGAAGGUUCAAAUUCAGCUGUUAGCAUGGAACUUUCAGAACCUAUUGUAGAAAAUGGAGAGACAGAAAUGUCUCCAGAAGAAUCAUGGGAGCACAAAGAAGAAAUAAGUGAAGCAGAGCCAGGGGGUGGUUCCUUGGGAGAUGGAAGGCCGCCAGAGGAAAGUGCCCAUGAAAUGAUGGAGGAGGAAGAGGAAAUCCCAAAACCUAAGUCUGUGGUUGCACCGCCAGGUGCUCCUAAGAAAGAGCAUGUAAAUGUAGUAUUCAUUGGGCAUGUAGAUGCUGGCAAGUCAACCAUUGGAGGACAAAUAAUGUAUUUGACUGGAAUGGUUGACAAAAGGACGCUUGAAAAGUAUGAAAGAGAAGCUAAAGAGAAAAACAGAGAAACUUGGUACUUGUCUUGGGCCUUAGACACAAAUCAGGAAGAACGAGACAAGGGUAAAACAGUAGAAGUGGGUCGUGCCUAUUUUGAAACCGAAAAGAAGCAUUUCACAAUUCUAGAUGCCCCUGGCCACAAGAGUUUUGUCCCAAAUAUGAUUGGUGGUGCCUCUCAAGCUGAUUUGGCUGUGCUGGUAAUCUCAGCCAGGAAAGGAGAGUUUGAAACUGGAUUUGAAAAAGGAGGACAGACAAGAGAACAUGCAAUGUUGGCAAAGACAGCAGGUGUAAAACACCUAAUUGUGCUAAUUAAUAAGAUGGAUGAUCCAACAGUAAAUUGGAGCAAUGAGAGAUAUGAAGAAUGUAAGGAGAAACUAGUGCCAUUUUUGAAAAAAGUUGGCUUCAAUCCCAAAAAGGACAUUCACUUUAUGCCCUGCUCAGGACUUACUGGAGCAAAUCUCAAAGAGCAGUCGGAUUUCUGUCCUUGGUACAUUGGAUUACCGUUUAUUCCAUAUCUGGAUAAUUUGCCAAACUUCAAUAGAUCAGUUGAUGGACCAAUCAGGCUGCCAAUUGUGGAUAAGUACAAGGAUAUGGGCACUGUGGUCCUGGGAAAGCUGGAAUCAGGAUCUAUUUGUAAAGGCCAGCAGCUUGUGAUGAUGCCAAACAAGCACAACGUGGAAGUUCUUGGAAUACUUUCCGAUGAUGUAGAGACUGAUACCGUAGCCCCAGGUGAAAACCUCAAAAUCAGACUGAAAGGAAUUGAAGAAGAGGAGAUUCUUCCAGGGUUUAUACUUUGUGAUCCUAAUAAUCUUUGUCAUUCUGGACGCACAUUUGAUGCCCAGAUAGUGAUUAUAGAGCACAAAUCCAUCAUCUGCCCAGGCUAUAAUGCGGUGCUGCAUAUUCAUACCUGUAUUGAGGAGGUCGAAAUAACAGCCUUAAUCUGCUUGGUAGACAAAAAAUCAGGAGAAAAAAGUAAGACCCGACCCCGUUUUGUGAAACAAGAUCAAGUAUGCAUUGCUCGCUUAAGGACAGCAGGAACCAUCUGCCUGGAGACCUUUAAAGACUUCCCUCAGAUGGGUCGUUUCACCUUAAGAGAUGAGGGUAAGACCAUUGCAAUUGGAAAAGUUCUGAAACUGGUUCCAGAGAAAGACUAAGCAUUUUCUUGAUGACCCUGCACAAUACUGUGAGGAAAAUUGACUGCAGAAGCCUACUUCACACCGCCUUCUCUUAUUUUCUGCCCAUUGAUAAACCUCUCCCCAUAUUUUGCAAAGAGGAAAUUAACAGCAAAAGUCCACAUUAUGUCAGCUUUCUCAUAUUGAGAGCUCUGCUAUGCCACUGUUGAAUUUUUCCCAAGAUUCCUGUCCCUAGCCCUCACUUCAAACUCUGCUUCCUUGGACAGAUUUGGCAAUAGCUUUGUAAGUGAUGUGGACAUAAUUGCCUACAAUAAUGAAAACCUACAGGAAUUUUUUUAUUUUUCAUUUUCCCCUUAGGCAUAUUUAGUAUUUUUCCCCCAGGCAGAUCAUUCUGAGUGUGCGAGUGUGUGUGCACAUGUUACAAAGGCAACUACCGUGUUAAUAAAAUAUUCAAUUUGAAAUCCUUUUCGGUAUUUGAAUUGCUUUUGAAUAAUCUUUUUUAUCUGGAUGUAACAUUGUUGCAUUAACUUUUUAACUUUCCCAAGUAAUUGAAUACAUUUUAUUACUUGGACUUUUAUAAACUCUUUCCCUACCCACUAUAAAUGAGGCAUUCACAGUGUUCAAGUUUGUAUUAAAGGAAAGGAUUAGUUUGACCCCUUCUUUUGAUGGUUAAUGCAUACAUGCAGUUAAAUCCCUUUAUGCAAAUGUGACACUGCUUUACUAGGUCUUUUAGUUAUUUAUUUAUUUAUUUUUUUGGCCAAUUUAUAUUGUAACAUGAUUUCUUGAACACAGUAAGUUGUUUUAAAAUAAAAGAACAGCAUACUGUAGUUUUUAUAAGUAAAGCGUAAUGAAAUUGUACCCCUAGAGAAAAUUCCAUUAACUCAUUAAAUUAGUGGAAUUAACAACAAAUAAAGCAUGUUUGAGACCUGGCAAAAAUUCCUCUGUUAGUAUUUAUAAGAGCUGCAUGCCUCUAGUAUGAAAACCGUAUCAGUUGCAAGUGCCACUUCUACAAGUUACUCAGUUUACUCUUUGUAUCAGUAACUUUAAAGGUUGGAUGAUCCUUGCUGGUUAAAGCUAAAUCUCAACCCAGCAACUAAAUGAAAAUAUUUAGAAUCAUCAGAAUCUGAACAGACUAAAAUUAUCAGUGAUAAGCAGAAUCAAGCAGGGUGUAAGUUUUAUCUCAAUUAUUUGAAAUUGACUGAGUUUUCUUAAGUGUAAAACUGAAAUUUGCUAACCAUGUUUUUGAUGAACCACAGUGCAGCAUUGUGGUGGUUUUAGAUUGAAUGACUCUGCUAUAAUUAUCAUGACUUUGAAAUUUUUCAUGAGAAUAAAUGAGGAAUGGAGGCAAUUUGUGGGUUUAUCCAAAGCCCCCUUGAUGUUGAGUGUUGCCAUUGAUCAAAGAUAGCCUCUUUUAGAUUGUGAUUUCUCUCUAAAUAAGAUACUUUGUAUAUUUAAUGACAAGUCCCUUCCCUAUAAUUUUGCUCCUCAGAAAAGCCUAGACAGACUGUAUUUCCAGUCACAGAACAUAAAACUUAUCUAAUGGGUGUUUUGUUUUGUUUUGAGACAGAGGCUCACUCUGUCACCUAGGCUGGAGUGCAGUGGCUCAAUCUCAGCUCACUGCAGCCUCCACCUCCCGGAUUCAAGCAAUUUCCUGCCUCAGCCUCUUGAGUAGCUGGGAUUACAGGAGCCCUCCACCAGGCCCAGUUAAUUUUUGUAUUUUUAGUGGAGACGAGGUUUCCCCAUAUUGGUCAGGCUGGUCUCAAACUUCUGACCUCAAGUGAUCCGCUCGCCUCAGCCUCUCAAAAGUGCUGGGAUUACAGGCAUGAGGCGCCGCACUUGGCCUAGUGUUUUCUUAACUGUGAAAUUCCCAUUCAUUUCUUGAAUGAGGCUACAUCUUAUGGACAGAGCAAAGUUACUGUCCUACAGAUUCUUAAAACUAUAAUUAUGGCUAUUGCAUGAAAUUUAAAUAGAUUUUAUUAUGUCUGCAAAUCUCUGGGCUUUUAUUUUUCUGGAAAAUAUAGGAGCUUUAAUCAAAACAUAAUAGUUCUUUUUGUAAUUCCAUGUUAAUAAAAACAAAUACUAGCAAUUGCUUGAAUUUUAAUGAAUAUUUAAAAGUUCAAGAGCCACGGAAAUCACUUCCAGAGAUAAGAGUUCCCUUUCUAAAUAUAACACACUUUUUAAAAAUAAGUUAUGUUUGCUACUAAAACAUUUACACUGUUAGACUAUUAUGUGCAUGUUGCCAAGACUCUUAAGUAACUUGGAUAUCAACUGUGAAGGGCCUACCUCUAAAAUUAAGUAACAGGUCAUACAAAUACAAAUGUAACUGUAAAAAUUCCACUGGAUUCUUGCAUAUUUGCAAGAUUAGAUUAUUCAAAAGAAAUUUCAGUGCUAAAAUUAACCAGCAACAUAAGUUCUAUGGGCUUUGAAAGUUGUUCUCAUCUUUUUAAAGUUGAUGGCAUUUUCAAUCCUGCUUACACAGGCUGUUCAUUUGGAUAAGGAAAUAAAAUGUCUAAGGUGAACUUGGCAUUAUGUGGAGAUGUUGGACCGUUAUAGAGCAAUACAAAUUCCUAUGCUGUCAUUCUGUUUUCUGCAAAUGCAAACGUGCUUAUAUGGUCAACAGUGCAAAAAUAGGGUAGUUGGCUGCAUAUUUAGGGUAUUACCUAAGCAUUUGUUCUCUAACGUUGCUCUACUAGAAUGAUUUUUUUCUUGCAUCUUUUCACAUUAAUGAUGUUCUUUAUAUAACUUUCAUGCGAUUAUUUAGUUUUUUAAAUUAAUAAAGUGAAUUUAAGAAAUAUUGAAAUAAACAUCUAAGUAAUUGCCAUUUUAAACCCUUGUUUCUUACUGUGGGAGAGGGGGAAAUACAGCACUCAUUUCUUGUUUUUAAUUUGCAAAAGUAAGUGAAAAUCUAUGUAAAAUCAAACCAAAAGAGUUGGACUGAGUGUGUAUUGUCUUGAGAUUAAGUGACAAAUAGUAAAGUGUUACUGAGUAAUUAA